GGAUCCUCCAGAACCAAUGCAGCUCCGCCUUGCGUGGCUUCCUGCUUGCAGGGUGGCGGUGAAAGUGGCCUCUGCCAGGAGCUGCAUCGAGUAGCCUGGACUUGACAGUGGCUCUAGUAACAGCAGUCUUUGGCAGAAGCAAGAGAAGCUUCUUGGACCCUGUUGGAGGGAACAGAUCAAAGAUGGAAGAGAAAGACUCUGUUGGGCCUGAAGCAGUGAGAGGUCUGUUUAUCAUCCAGGCAAGGAGCCCUGGGGAACCGCGGGAAAGAACAGGGUGGAAGAUUCCAGGUGAGGACACCCUCAGCACAAAUGUGCAAUGCCAGAAGUUCAGGCAUUUCCACUACCAGGAGGCUGAGGGGCCCCGAGAGGUUUGCAGCCGACUUCACUAUCUUUGCCAUCAGUGGCUGAAGCCGGAGAGACGCACCAAGAUGCAGAUGCUGGACCUGGUGAUCCUGGAGCAGUUCCUGGCUGUUCUCCCCCCAGAGAUGGAAAGCUGGGUGAGGGAAUGUGGAGUGGAGACCAGUUCCCAGGCAGUGGCCCUGGCUGAAGGUUUCCUCCUGAGUCAGGCAGAGGACAAGAAGCAGGCAGAGCAGCAGGUUACAGGUUUAUUUGCCAAAGCUGGCUUGGAUUUCCCAGAGGGAGAGAGGGCUCCAUCAGACACUGGACAGGGGCCACCGGGUAAGAACUCCCUUGUUAGAACAGCUACAUUGGCUAGCAGUCUGAUUCCAGGUGCAAUUCAAAGUGCUGGUUAUGAGCUAUAAAACUCUAUACUGCUUAGGUCCAAGCUAUCUGAAAGACCAUGUUU